ACGUGCAGUGCACGAUGAAUAUGAUUGAUGAGACAGAGCUGCAGUCGAAGAAGUCAUCCGAAGACGAAUAGGGGCUAUGGAGGAAGUGUUUGAAAGGAAGAUAAAAUGCUUUUUGAGCAGUGGUGAAACAUCAUGCCUACCUUGGGAUUAUCUGAACGAAUGUCUUCAUGGAUGCCAUGAUCCACAACAAGUAACAUCUUUGAAAAAGUUUGGAGCAGUAUUGAAGAAGCAGGCCCAUGAGUCCAUCUCAGCCACAGAGAUGGAUCUGUGCAGUGAUGUACUGACACAGCUUUUUGUAGCUGUCGAUCCUAAGGCAGCAUUGCAUCGGGGCAUUGCAAGCAUUCUCCAAGGUUUCCCUGACAAAGAUCACGAGCUUGUGUGUAGAAAACUCAGCACUGUCGUCAGUAAUCAACUACUUUUAUGUUCCAAGAUGGAUGCUAGAGAGUGUCGGAAGUGUGUGGAUGUGGUGUGUGGACUCCUAGAAAACUUCCUUCUGGGAGAGAAGAGUUUAUCAUUGAUGUUUCAUCAAGUUGUCACAUUUCUUGGAGAGGUCCUCCAAAUUUUUAUGAGAUCUGCAAAAUGUGUGAAGGACACCAUUGGUCAAAAUGAAGCAAUGUGCAACUGCAUGGCAGCUGUCAAGGCCGUUAUUUCGGUCAUACAGAGAUGUUACCAACAGGAAAGCCAACUGGAUGAUGCAAGAAAUACAUCUGGAACAAUGGAAACAAUGCUGCAGAUGAUGUGGGAUAUUUUAUCUGAUGACUCCUAUCUUGCUGACUGUCGGAGUGCUGCUGGCAUGGCUUUGGUUCUCCUUCAGCGUUCACUGGUUUCUGGUGAUGAGCACCAGCUUUGUAAUGUGAUAUACACAGCCCUCUUUGGUCACCUUUCUACAUCUACGUGCCUGCUACCGCUGCCAUCCGUUCAAUACCAGCCCCCCAGGUUUGAUACUGCCAGCCUCCCUGCCCAAUCCUACCUCUUUGUCUGCCAUGGAGUGUUGGCCAUGCUGGACUCCAAGGACCUGAUGGACCAGGGGCUUCCAGUGGAUGGCCACUGCCUUCUAUUUGAUGUCCUGUUUCCUGAGAUACUGGGACUGACAGAAAGGUUGACAGAGCCUAGCUCUGCCUUGGCAGCAGCCCGAACACUCACACUUUGGACCUCCACAGCUGUAGUUGCCAUGACGUCAGGUUCCCAUGACAACAGUGAGGCCUGCCUCUUUGGUUCAGCUGCAAUCCCACAGAAACUGAUCCACUAUGUGUGGACAAACUGGGACCAUCCAAUUGAUGGGAUACGAUAUCAGACAAAAAGCAUCUUUGAGAACGUCCUGCAGCUACAUGUCAUUGCUCAACAGAAAUCAGAUUACAAGCCCACUGAGGAUCAGUUUUUACUUGAUCUGCUGGACUCGCUGAUGGCAGUGAACUGGCACGUCAGGGGCAAGUACAUGCCGUUGGGUUGCCUGGUAAUCCAUGUGGGAGCUGAGAAGAUCUUGGCAUCGUAUCCCACAAUGCCUCAGGAGCUUCUCCUUGUCUUUGGGGAUCAGACGCUGGCACCCUAUGCUUGUGACCUUCUUGAAAGAUUAUUCACCCAUCACAAGGCUUGGCUGGCACAGUGCAGGCCCGGAGCGGAUGGCAUUGGACGCUGGCAGAAGAUGUGGAUAGUGCCAGUGUUAGGAUGUCUGUGCAAUCCAGCAACAACAAAAGACCAGAAGACCUACCUGAUUGAGUAUUGUGUUCCAAGGCUCCUGAAAUGCAGUCCUGAAGCCCUAGGAUUCAUUGUGACACACCUCCACCAGGCCAAUGGCAGCUCGUCUUCAUCUAUGGACAAGUCUGGCCUAUUGGGGGCCCUUGUCACCUGCCUCAAGACAGCCCGGUCCAUGGGUCUGAUUGAGCAUGCUGGGAAGACUGAUGACAACUAUGGCAUCCACUCAUCACAGGCUUGCCUAUGGAGGGGUCUGGUACCUUAUAGAAAACUGAGGGAGGCCCUGUGUCACAGAGAGAGCCAGGUCAGAAUUGAUGGCCUGGGUCUUCUGUGCGACUGCAACAAGACGACUGAGGCUGUCUUGCCCGAGGAGCUGGCUUUGCUACGGUUCUUCCUGGUGCUGAACAUCAACAGCCCAUCACCAUCUUUCAGACAGAUGAUGGGAGCUCACCUCAAGAAGCUCUUUGUAAGAAUUCGAGAAAGUGGCAGGGUAUGUUUGAAGCAGAUGGCCAGGCAGCAGAAGCACGGACAACCAGACAGCCUACCAUGUUCCUCCUCAGAAGGCCAGAUCCAGACUUACAAGGAUUUCCUGUCUUGGCUGACCUGCUUUCUGUUUGAAGCCCUGAAACCAGGCAGCUCUUACCCAAGGAGGGCAGUAGCGCUGCACACUCUCAAGACGAUGGCUCCAAUUUACGGCUACAAACCCAAGGGUAGCAUAUCAACACUCUUUGACCUGAAUGAAAUCUGGACUCCAGGCAACAUCCAGCUUUUGUUGCACAGGCUGACUGACCCUUAUGAGAGUAACAAGGUCAUGGCCUUUGACCUUCUACGAGGUCUUUCACAAGAGACACUGGGAUUAAGAGAUGGCAGUUGUCUCCAUCAAAUCUACCUGGAGGCCUUGCAACUUGCCUCCAGCAACAAACCCCACAACUGUGAAACGGCUUCGUUCGUGCUUCGUUUCGUAGCUCUACAGCCAACUUCUCUAUUGGAAAGAGGUGUUACUGACAUACCUAAGAGCAUCCUGGGGAUUCUCACUGAUCUGUGCAAGAAUUUGACCGAGGAGGUGGGCGUGGCUAAGGACAGCUUAUUGGAGGCGGCUGUGCAGGGGCCCAUGUAUGGAAUUCUGCAUUGCAUCAGAGAACUGCUUGGAGAUGUAAACCUGAGGACCAUGUCCCAUUCGGAUGGCUGGAAUGUCAUGGUGUCUCAGCUGAUCCAGCUAUGCUUGGAAGUGGCUGAGGUUGCCUGCGUGGUCGUGUGUAACUCCUCCCCGGAGGGCUACGUACCUGAGGAAUCUGACAGUGCUUUUGACCAGCCUGAACCAGCAUCAGAAGAGGGGUGUCCCCCCUCCAACUCACCCCCAGCAGUCUUGGCCAGCAAGGCCUUGAAGAGAGUCACCCCACAGAUGGUGCUGGUAUGCUGCUGGCGUAGCAUGAAGGAGGUCUCCCUGCUGAUGGGACACCUGGCUCUCUCAGCACCGCUGGCUGGGGACGGCACUUGCCCUGGUCUGAUCUCGCAUUGUCAGCUGGAAGACAUCGGCCAUUUCUUCUUGCGGCUGCUGAAGGAAUCCAAGCAUAGAGGAGCCUUUGAGCUGGCUUAUGCAGGCUUCAUCAUGCUGACAACAAGGCUGUGGAAGAACGAGUCAGUAACCUUGCACCAGCUACCCAAACAGUGGUUAGAGGGCCUUUUGUCUGACAUUACAGCUAGCCAGUCAAUGCUGUGCGCUACACGACGCAGUGCCGGGAUACCUUUUGCCAUUCAGGCCCUGGUCGGUUCGGAGCCUAGCUCCCAGGGUAAGAGUUGCUUCAAGCAAGCCAUGGAUACCCUGCUCAGUCUGGCUUUCCCCAAGUCUGCGGGAAGCGAUUCCAUCACCUCACAGAUACAUGCCUUGAACAUUUUGCGAGUCCUGUUCAAAGAUGCCCGUCUUGGCGAGGAUGUGAUUCCGUACAUAGCUGAUGGCGUCAGGGCAGCCAUUCUAGGCUUUGCUGCUCAGCUCUGGGCAGUGAGGAAUUCAUCCACUCUCCUAUUCAGUGCUCUAGUGACAAGAAUCUUUGGUGUGCAGAGGGCGAAACAGGCUCAUGACAGGAGGAAUUGCAUGACUGGGAAGGAGUUCUUUGCCCGGUUCCCAUCCCUCCACCCAUUCCUACUACAGCAGUUGAAGGAGGCAACCAGUGUGCAUAUGAGGUCUGGCACAGCGCGCCUGCACCCUAGCCUGUUCCCGGUUCUCCUGCUGCUGUCCAGGCUGUACCCAUCGCCCAUGGACGGGGCUCGCACCAGGCUCAGCAUGGACCACUUUGUACCCCAUGUGCUCAGUUGUGCAAGCAGUGCUGUCUACAAGACACGGGCCAUUGCAGCCAGGGCCCUGGUACCUCUGGUCCCGGCCAGUCGCCAGCUGGACAUGCUGAAAGAUCUCCUCGGAUUACUGCCCAGGACGCCAGACCAACCGGCCCACCACAACCACAUUCAUGGAGUGCUUUUACAGAUUCGGGAGAUUCUAGACUGUGCCAUUCAAAUGGCAAGCAGUCAGCAGACUUGUGCAGCCCUGGUAGGCGUCAUGUCAUCAGUAGCUGAUUGUGUCUGGCUUGCAUCUGAUGACAAUGGGUGUUGUGUGACCCGUGCUUCAUUCCUGGACAUCCUUCAAACCUUUCUGUUCAACACCUCUUUGUUGUCAACGGCCUUUAACCUUAGAGAGGAGCCCCUAGAGGAUCUUAAAAUGGUGGUGACUUCGAUUGCUUCGAGGUAUAUCCAAAAUCACAGUGCUCUGACAGAACUGAGUUUACACCAGCCUGGAUUUAUCACACUGCAGACAACAUGCGCUUCCAUUUGCUUGAGGCAGAGAUCUCAUCAAGAACCUCAGGAAAUAGCUCCUUCAGCAGAGCCCAUGGAUGCCAUAAUGAAACCUGUGGGUUCACGGAUUGCUGAAAGAAAAUUCCAGGAUUUACCAACAGAGUCUAAAGUUGGUUUCAAAGCAGCACACAGGUGCGAUGAGUACCGGUUAGAACAGUCACCUGAAGCUAUUUUGGUCAGUCUUCUCUGCUCACCGUACUAUGAGGUCAGAGAGCUGGCCUUAAAUCACCUGAUUGAGAGCUGCCAGAAUGGUCCCUCAGAGAACGUAAGCAACAGUCCUGAAGCAGUGAUCACGUCAUCCAGUCAACUCUUUGAGAAGCUGGUUACCAUGGUAACUGAGGAGGAGCACGAGGUUUGCCUCAGUCGGGUUUAUGAACUUCUGAGCUACCAUCCCAUGACUUGUCAGUUUCCGUGGCAACUACCCAAAUGUCAGAUGGGCUGCAUUGAGUGUUUCCAAAUAGCAAUGGGUGUUGCCUGUCUGCCUCGACAGAAGGAAGAUUUGAUCAGCUCUGUCAUCCAGUUCACUACUUGUUUAGUUCCAGUGGUUCACUCUGAAUUACUUUCAACCAAGAUUGGCACUGGGGAGUCAGUAUAUAAACUCCUGCACGAUUGGGCACUUCUCCUGGAUCAGUGUAGUCAGGCUGGCCAAACUGUCCAAUCACGCCUCACAGUAGUGAAAGCCAUUGGCUCACUGGCAACCAUAACUUUGCUGGACCUUUCAGAAUGUUUAGGGAAUAUUCCAUUUGUGCUGUGGGGAGCUAUGAUGAGAUUUUUACAGGAUGACGAGCUGGAGGUCCAGCAGGGAGCAGUUUCUUACAUUGUCAAGCUGGCCAUCCAUGUCAACCUUUUCAGUGACCUGCAUGAUAUGGACACCCAGCCAUCUUUGGGCCUUCAUCUUGGUAUACAGCUCUUCAUGUCGGUAUUCACUGAGAGACAUCCGGCAGACUGCCUUUGUAGUCUCCUCCAGUGGGGUAUGGGCAGGCCAGAGGAGACCGCCUCAAAUCACGAAGAGGAACCCCAGGACGAGAGACUGUUUGACCAAGGGGAGGCCAACACCACCUUUGAGGGUGUUCAUCUGGCCCAAAUCAUCAGUAACCAACUUCACGCUGUCGCACUGUGCUGUUCAGGAUACACCUCUGACCCCUGCAUCAUUGCGAAACCAACAGGGAAAGAUUCUUGUACCGAGGACCCAGAAACAGGGAACAAUCCUUCCGUACAAAGACAGUCAGCUCUGUAUGAGACUGUCCCCACACAGACAGCAGUUUGUGAUGAAAGCAAGGCUAUCGCCUGUGCAGGAGAUGUGUCUGAACUGCCUCCCAGUCAAGAUGGAAAUCAGCCAGAGGAUGAGAUUGGGGUCCCCUCAUCAGAUUCGAAGGAUUCAGAACCAUCUGCUCCUGACAACCACCAUCAAACAGGAGAUGACUUCUUGUUCCCACCCUUCUCUCUAAGACUGUCGGCAAGUGCCAUCCAUCACCUCCAACAAGCUGCGAGGGUCGGGUUGCUGGACCUUGCCACCAGGCUAGAUGAGCGUCUCCAGGUCUGGCUGCCGGCAUCGCCGUUCCUGACUGCCCGGGAGUGGGAGAUGCAGUGCGUGGAGUGCUACAAGAUUCUGCUAUGCAGUUUGGCACUUACAGUUCUUUUGUCAGAUGGUGUUGAAACUAAACUCAAAAAGAGAUGGGGUCAGUUAUUAGAGAAUGUUGGGACAAGAUUCCAAGCAUGCGGAUUCAGUUCCCACUGUCCGUUGGUGACAGAACCUUUAGAGAGUCUAAAGCUAUGGUGCAUCUCAAGCGAAGAUAAUUAACAGAAGUUGAUGCCUAUGUUUACCAAAUAAUGUCGUCCUACUGUGUCUGCCACACUGCAACAAGGCCUAUUUCAAAAGAAGCAUUUACUACUGUUGCAUUUGCUUCUUUGGUUAUAAGGCCCGGGUUGAACUCAAAACCACAGGAUAAUCAUCUGAAUAUGGAGAUAGAAACACAAAGAUUUAGCAAAUGUGCAAUAUGGUUGGUUUUUUAAACCAAGGAUCAAAGACUUGUGUGUUUUUACAUAAGAUAUCAGUAGUAUUUUGUUUUUUUCAAUUUUUUUGUUGUAAUUCUGCAGCUCUCUCAUUGGUCAAAACAGAAGUUCAGUGGUUAUGAGAAUGUCUACGGGAACAUUAGAUAGAAUCUCUGUUGGCUAAUCACUAUGUGCAGCAGUGACAAUGCCAGUGGUGGGUUGAAAGGGAAAGAACUAUGUUGGAAAGAGACAAAUGAAAAGAAUAAAACAAAAAUGUGAACGCCACAUUUUGGGAUUUGUUUUGUCCCAUGGACAACCUUUACUAUACUUGUUUUAGUAAUGUUUUUAUCGAUUUUGUAAAUAGCUGGGCUGGUUUAAAUUUCAUCAUUUCAGCCGUUCCAUGUUUUCAACUCGUCCUAAAAAUCUAAAUUAUUUUUUAAUCUAUGAGAGUCACAAGAUCCCCUUCACUGUUAUUUUAUAAAACUAGAGUAGUGGCACUUUAUAAGAUUGCAUUAUUACUGAAUUAAAUUUUCAUCAAACCUCAAA